CCAGCCGCACGCCGCAAUCCCGCCGCGAACGCCGCGAACCGCCAUCCCGCCCGCACGCAAUCCCAGCCGUGAGAAACUGCGUCCGCUUCCUACGCCCAUUUCCUGCUCUCUCCAUCCACGAAUCGCGUCUGGCGCAAUCCUCUCCAUCGGCGAAUCACGUCCGCUUCCCUGCUCUCCAAGGUUUUCUUCGCCCUCCGCCGGGAUCCACAGAUUCCCCAUCUGCCCUCCACUCGGAUCGACAGACGCAAUCCGUGCUCUCUCCUCGCCCUCCGCCCGGAUCCACAAGUUCCCAUCCGCGUCUGUGUCGCGCUCCUCCUCCUCGACUGUUCUGGCUGGGGUUGCGGCGGAGGGAACUAGGUAAGGGGGUAGGAAAGGGGAGGUUUGAGGGAGAGCGCAGCGGCAGCGGCGAUGCCAUCGCACGCGGAUCUGGACCGCCAGAUCUCGCAGCUGUGGGAUUGCAAGUUCCUGCCUGAGGCGGAGGUCAAAACGCUAUGCGAGCAGGCCAAGGCGAUCCUCAUGGAGGAGUGGAACGUGCAGCCCGUGUGCUGCCCCGUCACUGUCUGCGGCGACAUCCACUGCCAGUUCUACGACCUCAUCGAGUUCUUCCGCAUCGGUCAGUCCCUCCCGCCUAUCCUAGCCCCUCUCGACUCGUUCUUGGUUCCGGUCGAUCUGUUAAUUUGUAUGGUGGUUCAAUCUGUUUCUCUGGAGAUUGUUAUUAGCUAGGAGUAUUGGUUUCAAUAUAUCGUGCUUGUGAACUGAGGCGCU